GGGCUGAGGCGCUGAAAGCCUCCCUCCCGCCCGCGGGGCCCCGCGGCCAUGGCCGUCUGGCCCGGCCUGUGGCCAGCACUCUUGGGCAUCGUCCUCGCCGCCUGGCUCCGCUGCUCGGGUGCCCAGCAGAGCGCCACAGUGGCCAACCCAGUGCCUGGCGCCAACCCAGACCUGCUUCCCCACUUCCUGGUGGAGCCUGAGGAUGUGUACAUCGUCAAGAACAAGCCAGUGCUGCUGGUGUGCAAGGCCGUGCCUGCUACACAGAUCUUCUUCAAGUGUAAUGGCGAGUGGGUGCGCCAGGUGGACCAUGUGAUCGAGCGCAGCACAGAUGGGAGCAGUGGGCUGCCAGCCAUGGAGGUCCGCAUCAACGUCUCGAGGCAGCAGGUUGAGAAGGUGUUUGGGCUGGAGGAAUACUGGUGCCAGUGUGUGGCGUGGAGCUCCUCGGGCACCACCAAGAGUCAAAAGGCCUACAUCCGCAUUGCCUAUUUGCGCAAGAACUUUGAGCAGGAGCCGCUGGCCAAGGAGGUAUCCCUGGAGCAGGGUAUUGUGUUGCCUUGCCGCCCCCCAGAAGGCAUCCCCCCAGCUGAGGUGGAAUGGCUCCGGAACGAGGACCUGGUAGACCCAUCCCUGGACCCCAAUGUGUACAUCACACGGGAACACAGUCUGGUGGUGCGGCAGGCGCGCCUGGCUGAUACGGCCAACUACACCUGUGUGGCUAAGAACAUUGUGGCCCGUCGCCGUAGUGCCUCCGCUGCCGUCAUCGUCUACGUGAACGGUGGGUGGUCGACGUGGACCGAGUGGUCCGUCUGCAGUGCCAGCUGUGGGCGCGGCUGGCAGAAACGGAGCCGGAGCUGCACCAACCCGGCACCUCUCAACGGGGGCGCCUUCUGUGAGGGGCAGAAUGUCCAGAAAACAGCCUGCGCCACCCUGUGCCCAGUGGAUGGCAGCUGGAGCCCUUGGAGCAAGUGGUCAGCCUGUGGGCUCGACUGCACACACUGGCGGAGCCGUGAGUGCUCUGACCCAGCGCCCCGAAACGGGGGUGAGGAGUGCCGGGGCACUGACCUGGACACCCGCAACUGUACCAGCGACCUCUGCGUGCACACUGCUUCCGGCCCUGAGGAUGUGGCCCUGUAUGUGGGCCUCAUUGCUGUGGCCGUGUGCCUCGUCUUGCUGCUGCUCGUCCUCAUCCUCGUUUAUUGCCGUAAGAAGGAAGGGCUGGACUCAGAUGUGGCCGACUCAUCUAUCCUCACCUCAGGUUUCCAGCCUGUCAGUAUCAAGCCCAGCAAAGCAGACAAUCCCCACCUGCUUACCAUCCAGCCAGACCUCAGCACCACCACUACCACCUACCAGGGCAGUCUGUGUCCCCGACAAGAUGGGCCCAGCCCCAAGUUCCAGCUCACUAACGGGCACCUGCUCAGCCCUCUGAGUGGUGGUCGCCACACGCUGCACCACAGCUCACCCACCUCGGAGGCCGAGGACUUCGUUUCCCGCCUCUCCACCCAAAACUACUUCCGCUCCCUACCCCGUGGCACCAGCAACAUGGCCUAUGGGACUUUCAACUUCCUCGGGGGCCGGCUGAUGAUCCCUAAUACAGGAAUCAGCCUCCUCAUCCCCCCAGAUGCCAUCCCCCGAGGAAAGAUCUACGAGAUCUACCUCACACUGCACAAGCCAGAGGAUGUGAGGUUGCCCCUAGCUGGCUGUCAGACCCUGCUGAGUCCCAUCGUUAGCUGUGGUCCCCCUGGAGUCCUGCUCACCCGACCGGUCAUCCUUGCCAUGGACCACUGCGGGGAGCCCAGCCCUGAAAGCUGGAGCCUGCGCCUCAAAAAACAAUCAUGCGAGGGCAGCUGGGAGGAUGUGCUGCACCUGGGUGAGGAGGCGCCCUCCCACCUCUACUACUGCCAGCUGGAGGCCAGUGCCUGCUACAUCUUCACCGAGCAGCUGGGACGCUUUGCCCUCGUAGGAGAGGCUCUCAGUGUGGCUGCCGCCAAGCGUCUCAAGCUGCUUCUAUUUGCCCCUGUGGCCUGUACCUCCCUCGAGUACAACAUCCGUGUCUACUGCCUGCAUGACACCCACGAUGCACUGAAGGAGGUGGUGCAGCUGGAGAAGCAGCUGGGUGGACAGCUGAUCCAGGAGCCUCGAGUUCUGCACUUCAAGGACAGUUACCACAACCUGCGCCUAUCCAUCCAUGACGUGCCCAGCUCCCUGUGGAAGAGCAAGCUUCUUGUCAGCUACCAGGAAAUCCCCUUUUAUCACAUCUGGAAUGGCACGCAACAAUACCUGCACUGCACCUUCACCUUGGAACGCGUCAGCCCCAGCACCAGUGACCUGGCCUGCAAGGUGUGGGUGUGGCAGGUGGAGGGUGAUGGGCAGAGCUUCAACAUCAACUUCAAUAUCACCAAGGACACGAGAUUUGCUGAGCUGCUGGCUCUGGAGAGUGAAGGGGGGGUCCCAGCCCUGGUGGGCCCCAGUGCCUUCAAGAUCCCCUUCCUCAUUCGGCAGAAGAUCAUUACCAGCCUGGAUCCGCCAUGCAGCCGGGGUGCCGACUGGCGAACUCUAGCCCAGAAACUCCACCUAGACAGCCAUCUCAGCUUCUUUGCCUCCAAGCCCAGCCCCACAGCCAUGAUCCUCAACCUGUGGGAGGCACGACAUUUCCCCAAUGGCAACCUCAGUCAGCUGGCGGCAGCAGUGGCUGGACUGGGCCAGCCAGGCCAAAACGCCUACACUCUCACCAGCUUUGGCACCCGCCAGGGACAGGCAGAAGCCGGACAGGGGCCCUACCCCAAACUGGGGCGAUCAGCUUGGACAGGCCCCCUCCUGGCCAAUGUUGUCCCUUAACGCUGGUCCUUCAGACCCUGCCUGAACUCCAGUUCCUCCAUGGCCUGCCUAGGCAGGCAGGCACAGCCACCUGCUCACUCUGUCCCAGCCCAAGGUCCCUGCAGGGACACUGCCUGGAACCUGGGCCAGGCCCAGCCCAUCUGUGUGUGUAUAUGUGUGUGUGAUGCUACCUCUCCUCCUGCCCCUCAUCAGGGGCCCCGCAUACACACGCCAUGCAUGCACACACUGGGCUUGGACAUGGCCCCAGAGCUCCUGCCAGAGCUGGGCCUUAUGCAAACAUUUCUGUGCCUGGUGGGGAGGGGCACAGCUCCAGGCCUGCGGGACCGAGGGCCCAGCCAGAGAGGGGGCUGCCCCUGGAUUCAGGCACACAACCACCACACAGGCAUGUGCCCACGCAUGCCUCGUGUGUUCAUCUCACACACACCCACUCCUGGGUCAUGCAGACCCCACCACCACCACACACAUCUCCUGCUGUCACCCAGAGGCCGCUCACGUCUCUCACGCCCGGUGUCGGUACACAUCUGCCUCUCACAUGCUGCCCUCUUCCACCCACCCAGGGACACCCGAUGGCUCCUCCCUAAUCCUGCCCCCCUGUCCCCAGCCUCGAGGUGUCCUGCCUGGCGGGGCGUGAAUAUGCAAUGGGAGUCCCGGGCUGUACAAUGGCGAGUGUGUGUGCCAUGGUGUGCCCGUUCCUGGGGCUGGCCGGUGCCCCUGCGUGGGGCCUGUCGUGUGAAGCUUGUGUCCUGACUCUGUCUUAAGUGCGUUCAUGCACUUACACUUGGCCUUAUGUACACAGCCUUGCCCGGCCGCCGGGGCACGUAGGGAUUUUAGCGGACGUGAAUGUAAAUAAAUUAUAUAUAUAUAUUGCUAA